CGUUUAAAAGGGUAAAUAUGUGAAAAAGAAAACCUCGACCACUCCUUAAUGUCUGCGAUUUCUGCAUCGUGACCUUUGUUAUAUUACCAUGUUUCAUGCAUAAAAUCCCCCAAAAAUCCGGCUGUGGCCAUUCACAGCGGUGUCUUGACACUUAGUGAUACUUGCUACAUGGAAUUUUUGGAUCCAAACAAGGUAAGUCCGCGAUAAUAUCUUGUUAAGGUCAUGGUGUCUGUAAUUCUGCUUUUGCGUGCUCUGACCUCCAGAUAGGGUUUUGCUGUUUAAAAAACAUUUGUUUUAAAUGCCCUCCUGUUCAAAUUUUUUUCCCCCAGAAAAUUGAGAUUUUAAGAUUUCCAAUGAUGUAUCACACAUGCAUGUCAGACAAUUUUGAAAGUUUGCCAAAUUGGGGGUAUCAGAGCGGAACUUCAUGUCACCUGAGUGUUUUCCGCCAUAUACAUGUACACGGACAAGUUAGAUGCUGCUGUGUUAUAGCACUGAUCGCUGCAAAUUCUGCACAAUCUUAAAAAAAAGCAAAAAUGUUUCGUAGCGUAUGGACGAUGUGUGAGGCAAUAGUGUUGUAUUCCAAAGUGGUAGAAAUGCUCAUUGAAAAUGAGGCAGUUAGCACUAUUUGCAUUCAACAUGGUAUUUAAUUUGACCAAACUGCAAAAUGUCCGUCUGUCCGUCCUGUCCUUGUCAGGGUCACGCAGUGCUAGAGUCUAUUCAUGCUGACUUCGGGGGAAAGGCGGACUACACCCGAAACUGGUCGCCAGUCAGUUGUAGGGCACACACAGAGACAGACAACCAUUCGCACUCACAAUCACAUGGCUACCGAGUAGGAAUUGAUUCCAUGCUGCCUGCACCAAAGUCAGGUGAAUGUACCACUACACCGUGAGCGACAUCCACACAAUGUCCAAUGACUAAAUAAAAAAAUAAAUAAAAAAAAAAAAAGGGUUAAAUCAUUGCACUCAGCAUAUUGGCCAUUUCAAAGCUUACUUUUGUCAGAAUAUAUUUUUUCAUUUAACAAUUUGUGGAAUCACCCUGUUGCAAGAAAGGUUCCCGAAAUAUUAGAGAAUCACAUUUAGUUUACCUUGUGUAAGCCUGCCCCACUACAAAUUAUAAUCACAGACAAAAAUGUUGAAUUGGCGUACUAACUUGGUCAAUGUCAAUUAAAACUGCCUUGUUUUUGUGAAACCAUAAUUCUUGCUUAAAUUUGAUAUAAUCACAAGAUUGGUAAAUCAGCAGGGAGAAAUAAUCAGAAAUGAUCAGCGAGUAUUUGUUAGGGUUCGUGGAUGGGAGAGGAUCCCAAAGCAGACAACGGGACGACAGGCUGUGAGAACAAAAAUGGUCUUGUUUAUUGUUCGGGCGUUGCUGGUGAGAUCCAGACCGACGUGAGGCAGGAAAAGCUCGUGGGGGGAAAUCAGGCGUGGAGAUCCGACAAGGGGCGUGCACAAACAGGUCCUGGGACAGAAGCAAAAAUCGUGAGCCGAGAUUAGUAGUCAAAAAUGUAAGUAAGGCGGGAUACAACUGACAGUGGAACUAGACGAGUUGAUCUGGCGACGAGGUGAGGCGUCCACUGGCUUUUUCAAGGCUGCUGAUUGUGAUAGCCUGCACCUGUGGCCGCUCCACCCGUCUGGCAUUCAACCUGCAAUCAGAAAAACUCAUGCACGCCUGCCUAAAGUGGGCCAGGUUUCAGGAGGGAGGGGCAGAGGCCCUAACAGUAUUAAAAUGUAGGGGAGUUAGUAUGUCUUAUGUCCUUUGGUUUAAAUAUCACCUUUUCGUUCUUUACUGUCACGCUGUUGCACUAGUCCCCUGAUCAAUGGGUGAUUGGUAAAUAAGCAGGGAGAAAUAAUCAGAAAUGAUCAGCCAGUAUUAAAAUGUAGGGGAGUUAGUAUGUCUUAUGUCCUUUGGUUUAAAUAUCACCUUUUCGUUCUUUACUGUCACGCUGCUGCACUAGUCCCCUGAUCAAUGGGUGACAACUCAUCAUGGCAUGACAGAAAUCAAUAGCUUUGAUGAGCAGACACAAAGCUGGACUCAGCAGGCUAUGUUCAGCUUGUGCAUGGUGGAGAGUGUGGCAGAUGAAGUGACCCUGCAAGGAGUGACCAGUGUUGGACUGAAGCAUGCCUUGGACUUUGCCUACACUGGCCAGAUUGUGCUAGAGCCAGCAGUGAUCCAGGAUGUUUUGUCUGCUGGCAGCCACCUUCAACUGCUGGAGCUCCUCAGCAUCUGCUCCCACUACCUCAUCCAGGUACACAAACUUGCGGAAUCCAACGCUGUGCACAUCAUGGACAGCAUGCAUUUCCAUGAACUCAGCAGUGUCAACUACUUGGAGCUGUACCGCGUGGCCGACCUCUUCCACCUUCCUUCGUUGGAGAAGGCUGUGGUGGACUUUUUGGUGGGCCACCUGUCUGAACUGAGCCAAACACGGCAGGAGGAGGCCCUGCAGCUGCCUUUUCGCCUUCUCAAGGAGGUCCUCAAGAGUGACCGUCUCACCUCGCUGAGUGAAGAAGAGAUAUGGAAGUUUGUUGUCAUGUGGUUGGAACACGACUGCCGGUACCAGUACACUGAGGAUCUUCUGCAACAUGUCCGCUAUGGACUGAUGGACGUCUCUACCCUGCACCACCUAGCUUGUAACCACCCACUAGUGCAAUCAAGCUCUACUGUUGCUGCUCAAGUAGAAGAAGCCCUGGAUUAUCACCAUGGCACCUUUGCCCAGCCCCUUCACCAGUCUGCUCGCACCAGGCCUCGCUUCCAGUCCCUCACCUUGUAUAUAGUUGGCGGAAGAAAGCGUGAGGUGUGCAGAGUGCGGGAACUACGUUACUUCAAUCCGGCUGCACAGGAACACGUACCUGUGGCGGGAAGCUCGAACUGGAGCGAGUUGGCACCCAUGCCCACUGGGCGCAGCCACCACUGUGUGGCUGUGAUGGGGAACUUCCUCUUUGUUGUUGGAGGGGAGAUGGAGCACUCCAGUGGGAGGACGUGUGCCGUUAGGACUGCUUGUCGAUACGACCCUAGAGCCAACAGGUGGACUGAGAUAGCCUCCAUGAAGGCCUGCAGAGAACACUUUGUUUUGGGAGCCUUGGGUCAGUACCUGUAUGCGGUGGGCGGCAGGAAUGAGCUGAGGCAGGUGCUUCCCUCUGUAGAGCGUUACUGUCCUAAGAAGAAUAAGUGGACGUAUGUGCAACCCUUCGACCGUUCACUUUCAUGCCAUGCAGGGUGUGUGGCUGAAAAUCUGCUAUGGGUCUCAGGUGGGGUGACAAACACAGCUCAGUACCAGAAUCGCCUGAUGGUAUACGAGCCAGAACAGGACCAGUGGUUAGCACGCAGUCCAAUGUUGCAGAGGCGGGUCUACCACGUCAUGGCAGCUUUGAGAAGAAAGCUUUACGUACUCGGGGGGAAUGACCUGGACUACAAUAAUGACCGGAUUUUGGUGCGCCACAUCGAUUCCUACAAUCUGGACGUGGACCAAUGGACCCGCUGUUCUUUCAGCCUCCUCACAGGUCAGAAUGAGUCUGGAGUGGCAGUCCAUGAUGACAGAAUCUAUGUGGUUGGAGGAUACUCGAUUUGGACCAAUGAACCUCUGGCAUGCAUUCAGGUGCUGGAUCUGAGUCGAGAGGGAAAAGAAGAGGUUUUCUACGGGCCAACGUUGCCAUUUGCCUCAAACGGGAUUGCAACUUGUUUCCUCCCUGCUCCAUAUUUUACAUGCCCCAACCUUCAGACACUCCAAAUACCCCAUCACAGGAUUGGUGCUGUUUAAACCACUGGAGAACUACACUACAAUGCAAACAGGACUGAAGAACUGAUAUAUCGUAAUGAAAAUAUGAGAGUUAAUGAUAGUAUUUAAAACUUGCUGCUAGUCAACCUACUGUGUUUCCCUAAAAUGCAGACCAGCCGUUCUGUCAUCUAGUGAUUUAAGGAAAAAAAAAAAAAAAAAAGCCAAAGGCAUUAAACAGUAUAUGCAGGCACUAAAUGCCAACCCUGGAGCAGAACUAUUUUAACGUGCUUAAUUAUUUAUCAUGUAACGUCAAUAAACCUGAGCAGCAUUUUUUUCCAAACCACUGCGGCAUUGUACUGUACACUUUCAGCAUCUGUGAAAUGACCCGUACAUAUUUGAGACACAAGACUUGUUUAUUAACAAACUAUAUACUUCACUUUGUCAGUACAGUGGAAUGAAAUGUACAGUGGGGAGAACAAGUAUUUGAUACACUGCGGAUUUUGCU